AUGCCUCAGGGGCAGGCCAGGGUGUUUGCUAUUGGUCAGCAGAAUACCGGAGUGGAAGGUUUGACUCCUAGGCCUCUUGCUAGACCCUUGUGUGUUACUUCCCCACUUGGUGUUUCCCUUGAGUUGUGUAUGUUUUGUGAUGCAUGCCCAAUUGUGAUUGGUGGUAGGGAGUUUACCGCGACCUUGAUUGUGUUAGCAGAUCAUAUGUAUAAUGUUAUUUUGUGUGUUGAUUGGCUGAGGCCAAAUCAUGCCAUGAUUGAUUAUUUUGAAAUGAUAGUGUCAUUUCAUAUGCCUGGACAGUCGGUGUUUCGUUAUCAGUGUCUUAGGUCAUAUACUGCUUUGAGGGCAGGAUUCUUAGCUCAUGUGGAAUCGGUGAGUUAUGCUGCGAUUAUGGCAGAGAUUGCUGUAGUUUCCGAGUACAGUGAUAUGUUUCAGGACAUACCAGGGUUACCUCCAAGGAGGGUAGUGGAUUUCACUAUCGAUGUGAUACCAGGUACUACACCUGUAUCCAUGGCACAUUUUCUGAUGGCACCAGUUGAACUUAAAGAGUUGAAGGAUCAAAUUGAUGGUUUACUUGAGCAAGGGUUCAUUAGACCUAGUACUUCUCCUUGGGGUGCAAAUGUAGUGUUUGCGAGGAAGAAGGAUGGUUCACUACGUCCGUACUUGGAUAAGUUCGUGGUAGUGUUCGUAGAUGAUAUUUUGAUUUAUUCCAAGUCGUUGGAGGAUCAUGAUAAGCAUCUGCAGACUGUGCUACAGAUUUUGAGAGAAAGGAAGUUGUUUGUGAAAUUCGAGAAGUGUGAAUUUUGGCAAAAGGAGGUCAAAUUCCUUGGUCAUGUAGUUUCGAAGGAUGGAGUCUCUGUGGAUCCUUCUAAGGUGGAAGCAGUGAUGAACUGGGGUCAACCCACUAUAGUUACUGAGGUACAUAGUUUUCUGGGUUUGGCGGGCUAUUGUCGGAGAUUCAUCGAAAGGUUUGCUAGUAUAGCUUCGGCUUUGACCAAGUUGACCAGGAAGGAGGUCCAGUUUGUGUGGACUGAGGAAUGUGAGCGGGCAUUCAAUGAGUUGAAGAGAAGAUUGACCACAGCCCAGUGUUGA